AUGAAAAAAUCUUUAUCAAGACGUGAUUCUUGCGAUGACGAAGAAGCCUUUUCAUCAGAUGACUCAGUCAAAGAUCCAAAUUAUGCCAACGACUCAUCUUCAUCAAGUUCAGACUCAUCUGAUGACGAUAAUGAAGAGACAGUAAUAAAGUUAAAUCAUGAGGACACUGAUCAAGAAACGAGAUGGAAAAAACAAAAAUGGAAAUGUGACCAAUUAAACAGACUCAUUAAAAAAAUAUACAAGGAAAUGGAUGAAAAUAAGAUCAACUCCAAAGAUCAGAGGCUCAUAAACACAGCAGAAAAGAUGGGGGAGCAAAAUUUUGAGGCUGUACAGUUUGAAGAAGAAACAAAUUUGGCGUUGAAUGUUUCCCAAACAAGUAGCGCGUCAUUGCACCCACCACAACGUAUAGGAUUACCGUUACCUAGCCCUUCAUCACAUGGUAGUUUUACAUACGAACAAUUAUCAACAGCGCAGUCACCACCACAACUAAAUUACGAACCACUUCGUCCAUCUUUAGAGCAAUCUUAUGAUAUACAAGCAACUUCCAAAGAAGUAUCUCUUCCAAACUACUUUGAAAAUUUUAGAUAUAAUCAAAAUAGUUAA